AUGACUAGCGUCAGCGUCGGGGAGUUGGUCCGCAUCGACUGCAAACUAUACGCUCUUGAGAACGUCUCACGUCUCUACGACACGAAAGAACACGCCGACAUCGAACUCAUAGUCGGACGCGAACAGCGACGCACGAAAGCUCACCGUCUCGUCCUCGCAUGCGGCAGUUCCGUUCUCUCCUCCAUGCUCUACGGCGGCAUGAGAGAGAGCACCAACAGCGAAGUACGCCUGCCCGAACACGAUCCCGAUGUCUUCGACGUUCUCCUCAAGUUUUUCUACACUGGAACGGCCGACGUGCGUCAAAACACUGUCUUACCACUCUUGGCGCUCAGUGAUUUCUAUGAUGUGCAACCACUGCGAGUGAAAUGCAGCCUGCUGGCUGGGAAUGAGUUUAUAACGACUUGUCGGGCGUGUGAGAUUCUCUCUUUUGCUCGGGCGCAUGGGGAUGGGAGUCUGAAGGAGUCGUGUGUGAGGUAUAUGCUCGAGAAUGCGUAUGAUGUGUUUCAGACCGAUGGCUUCUUGAAGGAGUUGCCGGAGGAUGAGUUGGUGGCGAUUGUGGCGAGUGAUGAGCUUGUUAUGAGGGAGAUGGAUGUGUUUCGGGCGGUUGUUCGAUGGGGUAGGGCACAGAUGUCUGAGAAUGGUGAUCCCGAUGUGAGUCUGUCGUCUGUGCUGGCGAAUAUUGUGCCUCAUAUUCGAUUGACACAGCUGUCACUUGACGAUCUAUUCGGUCCUGUUCAACAGAGUAGGAUUAUACCACACGAUGCUCUCCUCGCUGCACUCACUUAUGCGUAUAAUUCGGACAGUUCGGGUUUUCCGUCUUGUCAACCGGUGCUGAAACUUCGGACCUUCUGUUGUCAGAUGAAUACGCUCACUUGGGAUCCCGAUCGUAUUGGUCCCAAAGUGGUCGUUCUCAAUGACGGUCUUACUGCUCGAAAACAUGGCUUGUGUCCGAGUGUCACACGAAGCCGACUGCCUCUUCAACCUCCUUGCUAUGUUGAAAUACAAAUCGAUGAACUAUCGGCGUCUGCACUCUCCAAUGGCUAUAUUGCUAUUGGUCUCACUAAAGGUGCUGGCUUUGCAAAGUUCAACGAGUAUUCAUACUCUGCUGCUGUUCGACAAGACGUGGCUGCGUAUCGAAGUCAUCACGGCGAGGGAAACUUGGACGGUGCCGGAGCUGUGAGAGAAACAUACGGACAAUCGUUCAAGGUUAAAGAUACGAUUGGUUUACUGCUGAGAUCUGAAGGUCUUCUCAACUUCUUCCACAACAAGGAAAACUUGGGAGUGGCCUUUCGUGGACUGACAGGCGGUGACUACUAUUUAAGUGUUUUCUAUAACUAUAACAGCGACCAGAUUUCUAUUGUGAAAGCAAAGAUGUAAGCAUGUACAGACACAUAUAUAAUUAGAGUGUCUAUCAUCUAUUAGAGUUUAUAAUCAACAGUUAAUUAAUUAAUCAAUAUACACUAGUCGUUUAUUU